UUGUUUUUCAAACUCUACGGCGGCGGCCUAUCUGCCUGGACACAUCUAAUGCUAUGAACAAUAGAACGUAAGAAAAACACUUUACGAUGAUGUCCAGGUAGAUUCCAAGGAAGUACACUUCAUUCUCCGCUCCACAUGUCAUCCUGAUUCUGUUGUUUAUCUGGGACGUGCUGUGUUUCGAACAUACAACGUGCUUCUGUUCCAGAAUACGAGAUUUUGCAACACCCGUGACAACACGACACUCGACAGCUUCGCCAGCUGAUAAGUUGUUCUCACAUCGGUGCUAACAAAUUUAUAUGGAACUGUGAAUGUUCGUGGCUUGGACUUGUUCUAUAUUAGUGGCUUACAUUUGUGUGUGGGUCAAGUAAUGGAAAAUGUCGAAAAGCAGACGUGAGCAUGGUCGACCUCCCCCAUUGCACUUGCCUUUGAGGACUUUAGCAACCAGUAAUACACUUUCGCCUGCAUUCGGCUUUGGGAACUUGGGAACAAUAAAGAUGAAUUCUCCUAUGUCAAAUCUAGCUAUAAAUCUCAGCGAACUGUCAACAGGAAGAGGCACCCCACGAAGAAAACUGUCAUUAUCAAGUACAGAUACACCAUCUUCAUCAUGUCAUCCAACUCCAGAAAGAAUGAGUUCUACAGAGUCAGGGUGUUUUGUGGAUUCACCAACUCCUCUGGACUCGCCAACAUUGGAAAUGAGCAUGCACAGAUUUGCCAAGAACAUCAAACCAGACAUACCUCCUGAGGCUUUUACUAAGAAGAAGACAAUCGCCUUCAGAAGAAUACAGUCAAUGCCGCUCCCCAUGAUGAGACUCAGUCCGAUCGACUUCACCUGUGACAUGGACAAGGAGAACGAGAAACAGACUCUGACAUUUGGUGACCCAGAGGCUGACCACAGUUCUGGGAGUCUGGACACUGACCAAGAGAUGACGAGACUUAUCCGGCCCAAGUUCUUCUCGGAUGAGAACAGUUCCCAAGACAGUGGUGUGGAUCUAGAGAGAGAUGGGAGGGAUGAGUUCCAGUUCGCAGCCCCCAUCGGCGUACCCCCACGUAACAAGAUGAAGAUUAUCAAUGAAGACACUUGUUCACCCCUCAAAUACUCACCUGUCAAGUACCUGACGGACAGUAACAGCGAUUCUCCAUCACGACCACGCUCUAAGUCUGUCCCUGUAACAGGCCUGGAUUUCUCCGGUGCUAACAUCCAACCUAUAGAGGAGUCAGACAGUCCCCUCAAGUUUAACCGUCUCCUCAGUCAUGAUGAUGAGGAUGUGGACGAUGGCUUCCUUGACUGUAUGGACAGUGAGAUCGCCCAGAUCAAUGACAACGGUCCCAAUGUAUCUGGUACAAUGGCCUCCUUAUUUAGUGCUCCUGUUGUUAAUGAGGACCGCCUGGCUAGCAGGCUAGAACUGGAGGACGAAGAAACACCUGUGAUAAAGCGGUCUAACAGAAGACUACUUAACAGAUCGCAGUCCUACGAUGUGCGGAAUCCACUCAUUUCCAACAAGCGUGACCUCCCGACAGAUGACUCAACACCCACACAGAGCAAGCGGCGACGGUCAAUCCUCUCAUCCAGCUCUCCUGUGUUGGCAGAGGAGGCCAGCAAGACACCACCCAAGCCAAAGCUGUUCCGAUGCCAGUCGGAGACAGAAGCUGUGAUAAAGUCAGCCCUAAACAGGAUUGCCAAUGAGCCUGAUCUCAUCGGUGACUGCUCUAAGCCUUACUGCUUGCCAACCAUUCCUGGAAAACACCAAGAUCUCAAGGGAAUUUCCGCCGAGACGAUGGUGGAUGUGUUGAACAAGGAGUAUGACGAAGAGCUAGAGAAGUAUAUUGUUAUUGACUGCCGGUACCCCUACGAAUUUGACGGAGGACACAUUAAGGAUGCAAAGAACAUCUACACGAAGGAGGGAAUCAUAGAAGAAUUUAUCAAACGACCCAUAACAGCAGAUAGUUCCAACAAACGGGUUGUACUCAUCUUCCACUGCGAGUUUUCUUCAGAGAGAGGUCCAUCCCUAUUACGUUUUCUGAGAAAGAUGGACCGGGAUGUAAACAAAGAGUGCUACCCUGCCCUUCACUACCCAGAACUCUACCUCCUCGAAGGAGGAUACAAGCUCUUUUACCAGGACUGCAAGGAUCACUGUGAACCCAGGAGCUACAAACCCAUGUUACACAAGGACCACACCAACGACUACAGACAUUUCCGUGCCAAGUCCAAGUCAUGGGCAGGAGAGAAACCUGGUAGGACGGGCUUCAGACCUCUCAAGUUCUGAAUUGGUACAACAACGUGUAGACUUUAGGCAGCUUAAGUGUGCCCCAGGAUUAGCAGACCACCUCCUUAUUGUCCUGAUGGACCUUGUGUAUCAGCCGUGUCUUGUGCUUCUGUGGGUUACGCUUUUUAUAGACAAAUUACUCUAGUAGUAACCGUCCAUUACAAACAUUCAUAAUUGAUCUCUCAGUGGAACAUUGUGCUGUUAGCUUUAUGUAGCUGAAUGGACGACCGGAUCAGAAUGUAGGAAUGUGCUGGAGCCUUUUUGGCAUGUUAUCUGACUAGAUAACUUAUAACAAUGUCUCUAUCCCGUAUCUUACUCUCACGCCUGUCUCUCUCCCUGUUUUAUUUCUCCUCUGUCUGUUACGUUUUAAACAUUAUUUUUUUUUGUUUUUUUUUUUUAUUUGAAAAUUUAAAGUUGUUUAUAACAAAAAUAGAAAAUCAGAAGAAGAAAAAAUGUUAACACUGUUACAACAGACUACUAGUACUUGACAAAAGAAUGAAGACAGUUCUAGUGCUGAGAGCUAUUGGCUGUCCAGUUGAGAAGUGUGAGUGUGUAAAUAUGUGUUAAAUGUGUAUAUUGUCUGUUUUACCAUGUCCCGUGUUCAUAUGGAACAGUAUUUCCAGGUUUAGUUCUUUGGUUUCAUAAUUGACAACAUAUUCUGUUUUUAUGAUGGCCACAUUUAGCCACAUCAAGACAUGAUAUUUACAGAUUUGUUUUGUCACAAACCAAUAGUUUAUAUCUGGUAGGUACCAUGUUCCUGACCGUGAACCCUUGUGAAUAGACCUCAUCCUAAGCUUUGUACAAAAUUAUGUACAUAAACAAAUAGAACAGGAUAUUAUCACAAAGUAGAUCUAUUUAUUUCUGUCCCCGAGGCAGUAUGUGUGUGUAUUCCGAUAGUGCUGUAGUUCUGUGUGACCCGAUUGUAUUGUAGUCACAAGUACUUGUGUAUGCGUAUGUGUGUUUUGUAAUACAAACUGUUCUACCCUCAGUCACAUAUUGGAUUCUCAUUUUUGUACCUGUUCGUGUAUUGUUUGUGUUUAUCAGCCUGUUGCCUAGUCAAUAAUUCCAGUUCAGCACUCAGAUGUUAGAAACCAAGUACAAUGAAAAUAUUAUUUACUCAGUUUACUUAUUGCCAGAAAUUCAAUUGAUAUUUUGACAUUUGAAAAAUUGUAGAAUGACCAGAUCUAAACAUCACGAUAAAGGAUGUGUAAUGUAUCAGUGAAGUAGGUAUUUUACCAGCAUUAAUGGGAGUUUAUAAUUGUCCUGGUGAAAUUGUUUUGUUUGUAUGUGUGUGAUUGUAACCAGAAGUGAGAACUAGUGUGCUGUUGUAUGUGUGAAUGACAACAGGUGCCAUUACCUGUGGGAGAGAGGCCGACGGACACACCUUGUACAAAGUGUACAGCUAAAAUCAAAUCUAUUUAUGUAAACAGAGCAACAUUGUAUGAAGGGCAGACAACUCACAAAUGACAUAAACAGUGUUUGUUUCAUUAUAAUAAUAAUCAGGAGUUUUAAUUAUUCUAUUAAGUUUGGCACUGUUUUUUUAACACAAAGAACAAUUUUCAGGGAUUUUAUUGUUUUAAAAUUCAUUUUUAUGCAUUAUUUUAUUAGUGUUAAAAACUGAAAGACAUUCGGUCUGAUUUUUGUCAAAUUCAGACUUCAUUAUUUUAUUUUGUUCUCUUAUAAUGUUUCUCAAUCACAUUUCUUUCAUUAACAUUCAGAUUUCUCCCUCUUUGACCUAGAUCUAUCUUUCUAUCUCAUCUUUCUAUCAGAAUAAAUAUAUAUAUAUAUGAAUAAUUAAUGAGAGAGAUGUGAUUGAGAACAUCCUUUUUUUUUCUUUUUUUUUUGUUAUUUCUAGAUUAAGUUAUUUUAAUUUAUUUCUAAUAAGAGAUUCAUAUAAGAUGCUAAGAAUCUAUAAAGUGGUCGAGAUAUAGUUAGUAUUGUAGGUCUAGUGUUGUAGUGUGUAGUGUAUCAUGAGAGAAAUAGAUAGUUGAUAUUGUAAAUAGAUAUAAUGCAGCAUCCUUCAAUAUAUAUUUAUCGAAAUUAUCUCUUUGGAAACGUACCAAAGAUAUUGUCGCAUUAAAUAUUUCAGAGUAUGGGUGGGUGUGUAGGGCUUACAACAGCUUCUACCUCUGGUAAUACAGGUAUUCUGCAGCAGUAUUGUUUUUUGGUGUUGUAAUAAUGAGACUGUUAUUGUUUGGACAGAGCUACAGUGUUUGGAGAUAUGAAUGCUUCUACAUGGGUACGUCUCCUAGCUUGUAUGUGUAAUGUAAUAUUAAACUGAUCAAUACCAUAUCUUAUCGGGGGUCGAGGACGUUCUGUAUAACAAGUAACACAGACAUUAGCUAGGAAAGUGAUGCUGCAGUAUGUCGCUAAGGGAUAAUCCUUCAUCAGUAAUGAUAGUGAUCUUUUGGCUAGAUUUUAUAAUACCUCUUUAGUAGUUCUACAUCUACAUCCCCUAAUUGUGGUGGUCAUGUGUCAGGAACCUUACUGAAGUUGAUAAGCCAGUCUAAUAUUUUUUUAGUAUAAAACAAGCAUUCUAAGAUUGCUAAAGAAGUCAUUUUCAUCAUUCAUUCUAGUGUAGAAGAGGUUUCGAGUGCAAUAUCAAUGUAGUUAUAACUAGGGUAAAUGUCCUGCGACACAUUCCUACUGGAAAAUGAAGUUUGUAAUAGGGUUAGAUUUUAAUUUGAUGGUUUAUAGCUUCAAAAUAAGGGUGGGUUUAAUAUGCCAAACAGAGCAUUUGUGAUGCCAAAUCACAGGGGUGUGACAUAGCUCCCCAGCCUGUAGUCUGUCUGUACUGACAGUAUAACGAGGAUAUGUGACACAUCCCUGUGAUCAGAACAUGCCUGUGAUAAAAAGGUAAUGCAUCUGGGAGAUAAAGUAUACAUGGAUUGAUAAAGGAGAAAAUAUUAUCAAUUAAAUCAUAAUUAAAAUCAAAUUAUUUUAAAGAGAACGAAAUAGGUUAUGAAAUAUCUGUGUUAUUGUGUAGUGAUAUGCCAAGGCUGCGGAUAUUAUAGCAUUGAUAGCAGUGUUUGUACAAGUCAGCCUGCAGAUAUUGUGUUACAAUGUUGUACUAUUUAUUUACAUACAUAUGUAUUAUUUACAUCCCUUCUAACAACUGUACAAGGGACAUAUUUAAGAAUCAUAUUGAGUGUAAUAAAAUUUUUAUCUAUUCCUAAA